GAAUCAUGUCAGUACUCAACAUAGCCAUGCAGAAUGCUGCUCUGGCCAGGACUUAGGAGUGCACACUCUAUGUCAGAAAUAAGAACAAAGGCAGAGAAGGUUCCUGAGCUUAAACAAGCUUGGAUCACCUCAGUUGAGCCAAUUAUACAACUGCUUCGACAUCGCACAGAAAGGAUGACUCUCAAGGAUGUUCCUUUUCAAACACAUGACGCAGCUCCUGAGGAAGUGGUUCAAGCAUUAGAAAGACAGGUACAGGCGGACAUAGACCCAAACAUAAGCUGUGCGCAUUACCUUCAAAAAGACCUCAGUUCAAAAGCAGAGUAUCAGAGGUUUCUUAAGGAACACUGCAUUGAAAGACACUAUGUUUUCCAAAUCCGAAAGUGUGACAAACCCGAGUGCUGCAGACUUAAACGAGGGCCUGAUGUUCCAAGGCGGCCAGAUCCAGUAUUGUCAAAUGAUAACAAACACUUCAAACAGUUUGACAAGGUUCUUGGACAAGACACAACGGACAGUGAUAGGCCAUCAGCUAAGAAUACAAAUGUUACAGCUGUGGCAGAACAAUUACAGGGAGUGAAGAACAGUGUCCUCACAGGGCAGAAUGUUAGAAAGACUGUCACUUGUAUUGAAUGCACUAAGCCCCGUUGUGUCUCUGCUCAGAAGGCUCUAAAUUUCAGGGAAUCUCGGACAUUAACCAGGCAACUGGAAAAAUAUGAUUACACUUGUGGUGCUCUUAUUGCACCUGAAGGUGAUGUAUUACAUGGAAAAGUAUUUGUACGUCUUCAGCUUAGCUGCAGUUCACCCAUAGAAUUGGCAUACUAUGCUACAACCAUGAAUGUGAGGAAAGACGUCUGCAGCUUUUGUGCUGCAGAAAAUGCUCAAAAGGAUCCAGCAUUAGUGCUGAAAUACAGGGUAGUUUUACCCCUCUGCCAGGCUUGCAAUACAGCUGGAAAGGAAACACUGAAAAGAAAUCCUAUUAAAACAUAACAUUACAAGACAUUGAUAAACACAACACUCCCAAUGCAAUCAGUUUUAAGAUAGUGUACCUUUUAUUGACAUUAAUAUAUAGACAGUGCAACUAGUAACUUAAGAGCACUAGAUUUGCUAAUUAAUAGUUUUGAAGCGGGAACUUUUAACAGAAUGUUUUAUGGAUGUUUGAUUUGUAAGAAACAGUGUUUUAGACUUUAUUUCAUGAAAAGUUGGUGUCUAUGUCCCUUAAUUAAUAAAAAACAAGAACCACUAAAUGUUUUAGUCUUCCACUAAUUGUAUCUUCAAGAUUGUUCAAUGUAUAUGAGCGUAUGUUAAAAUCACCUUUUUUCAAAAAAAAAAAAAAAAUAAUUUACCUACCUACCUACCCACCCCCAGAUGGUGUGGUGGAGAUUCACAUUACCAACAUUGAAUACAAAGAUUAAUUUUAUGUACUGAUUCUUUUAUUUUUAAAUUCUCAAUAAUUAGCAAGUAAUUUUACAAACAAAAUCUUUAUAAUAUAAUUUUAACGCACCUUUGUCCAGAGUAAAAGACUGUACUCUCCUUUUUGUAAUUUCCUAAACGAAUCUCAAAAAAGCGGCUAAUAACAUGUGUAUUUAUAAGGCAUUUUCCCGCCGAAAGACAAAAUUGUUCAAGAAAAGUAUGAAAAUCAUGAAAAGUGUGAAUUUUUCCCGCCUUUAAAUUGAUAAUAAUGAGGAGCAAAGACAUAUAACAAAUAUUAUGUAAUGAGAGGAGCAAACAAUACAGAAUAGUUACAUAUUAACAUUUGUUCAUUAUCCUUCAAUAUACUGACAUGUAAAUGCUUACAAAUGAAUGUAUUCUUAUACAUAAACUUUCUCAAAAUAACUUCAUUACGUCAAAGUAACAUUUAAACAAAAUACAAAAAUAUCGUGUAUUUCACGACACUCCCGCCAAGGAAAGAAAUAAAGUGUUCAAAGAUUAUUAACACACUAGGCAUACACAAUGCAAUGUAAACAAUCGUUAGUUUUCUGAAUAAAACCAUUCAUCGGUGAUAAGAAAUCUUUCAAUAUGUAUGACCUCAUCAUUUCUAUA